AUGAGGCUCUUCUUGUUCUGCUUAUUAGCAUCGUACGUCGUAUACUUUGAUAUAUCGCCUGCCGAAGUCACAGCCAGCGGCGCUCACUUCUGCACCCCAGACUAUUGUGGUGACGUCUCCGACCCGAAUGUCGACAACUCAAUCGUGCCCUUAUGCUCUACAGAAUUGGGUAGCGGGGAGCUCGACCCAAGUCAAAAAUAUUCACUGAACAAGGGUGUCUUGGCAUGGAACGAUUGGUCUCAUGCCGGUGACCACUGUGACGCCGCAACGGAAGGCAGUCUUUUUUGUUGUCCAACUUGGGACCUUGUGGGAACUUUUGAUUAUACAGGCAGCGAUUGCACUUUCAUUAGGGUGGGCUGGGCGGACGUUCCCGGUGUAAAAGAGGAGGGCGAUUCAGACUUGGCGGAGUUUUAUCAUGAAAAUUUUACCUGGGGUUUGGUUAUCGAAAAGGCCACACGGGUGAAGGAAGUUCAAGUACGCAAAACGGCAGGAGCUUCAUUUGAGUUCUGCUUAGAAAACACUCAACCAACUCUUGAGAAAGUGGGACUACAAUGA